ACGUGACGUCUUUCCCUGAGUGUCCUGACAUGGAUGCGCUAGGACCCGGGGACCAUACGCUCACCCUCCGACGGAAUGGGCGCACUUGGGCUGUAGUUUCUUGAGUGAAUAGCGGUGUGACCGGGACAGAGGCAAAGAAAUCCGCUACUUUUGGAGCAUAAAUCUUAGGACAUGAGAGAAAAUUUAGUUUUCUGUUUUUGACUUCUCGUGUGAUAAACUUUCGAGAGUUUGUAUUUAGAAGGGAGUGGAUAACGGGCCUUGAAGAGUUUGCGACGCGACUGUCAGACGUUUUGUUCACUCCAGGGGACACUGGAUGGGACGUGUGAGUCGUGGGACCACUUUCAAAAAAAUAAAAAGUUUUCGUGCGUAACCUGGAUGUGAGUUCAUAAAACUUUUACACUUUUGGAUUAUCCGUUUUGAGAAGACGGUGUGGCUGCUGCAACAUAACGGAGAGAGUGAGAGUGAGAGAACAGAGUUUCAGUCUGGAGAUAUGGGAUGAUGACCGGAGGAGGGGGUGCAGCUGAGGUGUCAUCCAGCCCAAGGACAAUGUGUGGCAUCCCCGCGCGCCUGGUGCUGAUGCUGCUCCUCUUCGCCCUGCCUCUGGAGCUUGGUCGGUCACAGUACGUUUGUCCCGGGCCCAUCGAUUCCACUGGGGGCUGCAGCUGCACGGAGGAGCGCUCCAAAGGCCACGGUGUCCCGGCGCUGGGGAGAAGAGUGAGCUGCAGCAAAGAGGAGCUAUCUGAGCCUCCGGAUCCCACUCUGCUGCCUAACAAGACCGUCACUCUUGUCUUGAGCUACAACAAAAUCAGGGUUCUGAGAAAUGGAUCUUUCAUUGGACUUUCUGCUCUGGAUAAGCUGGACCUCAAGCACAACCUAAUCAGCACCAUCAUGCCGGGAGCUUUCCAAGGCCUCACCGAGCUACGGAAACUGGACCUAUCUAACAAUCGCAUUGGCUGCCUGACUGCAGACAUGUUCCAGGGACUGACCAAUCUUACUAAACUAAACCUCUCUGGCAACAUCAUAUCUACAGUGGAUCCAGGAGUGUUUCAUGAGCUGCCUUCCCUUAAGCAAGUAAACUUCAACUCUAACUACCUGGUUUGUGACUGUGGGCUACGCUGGGUCCCUGGCUACUUUCGCACCAGUUCGGCCCGACUCGGUGAUGAGACCCUGUGUGCCUUUCCCACUGCCCACAGAGGAAAGCCCCUGAAAGGACUCAGAGAGAGCCAACUGACCUGUGAUGGUCCUCUGGAGCUGCACACCCAUUAUCUGCUCCCAUCCCAGCGUCAGGUGGUGUUCAAAGGGGACCGCUUGCCCUUUCAUUGCACUGCUGCUCUGGUGGAUAAAAUCACCUCUUUGUAUUGGCUGCAUAACGGUAGGAUUGUGACCUCUGACCCUGACAUGGGUAUCCAACUAGAGAACAGCGUUGUACAUGAUUGCACCUUUAUCACAAGUGAACUCCUUCUAUACGAUGUUCAUGUGGAAGCCAGUGGAGAAUGGGAGUGUGUGGUGGUCACUGGGCGAGGCAAUGUGUCCCGUAGUGUAGAAAUAGUGGUGUUAGAGAACAGUGCCUCCUUCUGCCCAGAGGAAAAAGUUAUAAACAACAGAGGAGAGUUCAGAUGGCCUAGGACUCUUGCUGGCAUCACAUCUCAUCAGUACUGUCUGCAGCUGCGUUACCCAUCGCUGUCAGUAGAGGGAGGUAUGGAACAGAAGAAAGCCUCUCGUUACUGUGACCGCACUGGGAGGUGGCAGGAAGGCAACUAUACCAACUGCCACUACACCAAUGGAAUCACCCGCGUCCUCCACACGUUUAUCUUGAGGCCAAUAAAUGCAUCAAACGCUGUGACCAUGGCUCAUCAGAUCCGCACAUACACCCUAGAGGCGGCUGGUUUCACUGACUCUGUGGAUGUCUUAUAUGUUGCUCAAUUGAUGGAUAAGUUUAUGGAGUACAUUGUUCAAUUGCGAGAGUUAUCAGAGCUAUUAGUGGAGAUGGGCAGUAACUUGAUGCAGGUGGAUGACCAGAUUCUUGCUUUGGCUCAGAAAGAGAAACGGGCUUGUAGCUCUAUUGUCUACUCUUUGGAGACCCUUGCCUGGCCACAACUGCACAGUCAUGCUCAAGAUUUUUCUAUGGGGUCAAGAAACAUAGUGAUGAAGGCUCACUUGAUUCGUCCAGCCCAUUUCACCGGCAUCACUUGUAUUGUGUAUCAGCGGCGUGACGUUUUGGUGGGAAGUCUGGGAGUGGAAACAACAGAAAGCUCCCAGGAAAACCAGCUGCGUUUCAGAUGCAUAACUGGAGCUCAUAACACAUCUUUGAACAAUUUUCCACUAAAGAAUUCCAUGGCACUGGCCUCAGUAACUAUCCCACCAACUCUCUUUCCUCCUGACGCACCGGAAGACUGUAAACUUCAGUUCAUAGCAUUCAGAACUGGCAGCUUUUUCCCUGUUACUGGGAACUCGAGCAAUCCUGGGGAACAUACACGCAGACGCAUUGUCAACACUCCUGUCAUUUUUGUUGGGCUUGAUGGCUGCCAAAUGUGGAACCAUUCGGAAGCGAUCAGAGUGUCACUGCGCCACUUGUCCCCUGGUGCAGACGCACUUCCGGCCCACUGGAGCUGGAGGGCGCAAGAGAGGCAGGGCAGCUGGAGCCAGGAGGGUUGCCAAUUGGUCCAAACUGACAGCAGCACUACAACAAUGCGAUGCUCACUACUCAGUAAUUAUGCAGUGUUGCAGGAAGUGCCUGACUUCCCCAAUUCAGGCCCUAUCUCUGUGACAGCACUUCACCCGGUGGUCUAUGCUUGUACAGCAGUUCUCCUCUUGUGCCUUUUUACAAUUAUUAUCACACACAUACUUCAUCACAGUUCUAUCCACAUAUCAAGAAAAAGCUGGCAUACAUUAUUAAAUACAUGCUUCCACAUUGCUAUGACCACAGCAAUCUAUGCAGGGGGCAUUGGCUUGACAAGCUACCCAGUGGUUUGUCAAGCUGUUGGCAUUGCAUUACAUUACUCAUCACUGUCGACGCUGCUGUGGAUUGGAGUCAGUGCUCGGGUCAUUUACAAAGAAACUCUGUGGAGACUGCCUCGACACCACGAUGGAGAAGCUACUGCUCCUCCCACUCAACGCCCAAUGCUCAGGUUUUAUUUAAUUGCUGGUGGAGUUCCUCUCAUUAUUUGUGGAAUCACUGCAGCUGUCAAUGUGAACAACUACGGUGAUAAUAGCCCUUACUGCUGGCUGGUGUGGCGCCCCAGCCUGGGUUCCUUCUUUGUCCCUGCAACCCUUGUGGUCUUUGUGACCUGGAUCUACUUCCUGUGUACAGUGUUUCGCCUGAGGCGACGUGUGACCAAAGAAUGCACAGGAACCACCCUGUCCUCCCCAGUGACUGAGAGCCAGCCUGCUUUAGCGGGAAGUACCAGCCUCCUCUCCACAGACUCAGCAGUUGGCCCCGUAGCUCCUGCUUUAGAGGAUCAGUACUCUCUGAAGACACAGUUCACUGUGCUGGUGGCCACCCACUUCCUGUUUGUGCUUCUGUGGAGCUGUGGGGCCAUGGCGGUGUGGUUGACUGGGAACACUGGUCUGUUGUUCAGCUGUUUCUAUGGCGUCGCUGCCACGGUUCUAGGAGUUAUGCUUAUGGUUCACCACUGCUUUCGUCGUCAGGAUGUCCAGGCUUCAUGGCAUGCCUGCUGUCCUGGUUAUCAGCGCCCCCACCCCUCCUCUACAUACACACACACCUGCACUACAGGGAGUGGAGUGCACACCUCAGACCAGGGAUCGCAACUUUUUAUUAACUGCCACCCACCUGUUGAUCUUCACAACUCCUCCUCAGCACGGUCCUCCUCCACGCCCAGUGGGAUCAGCAGUGUGGGCCCUGGUCCUUGUAAACUCACCAAUCUCCUGCAGGUAAUACAGGACACUUCAAACAAUACCACACGCCCAGUAGGAAAUGUUAGCACAAGUACUGACAACAUGAGCAAACCAGCAAAUAACAUCACCCCAUCUAUUACCUCUGCCCCUGUGCACCCACAGAGGAAAAGGAUCACCAGCAGAACCAAGCAGGCAAACAGCCAGUAUCACCACCGUGGCGAGGGCAGGGGACACUAUCGCCACAAAGCUCUUAGGACUGCUGCUACAGGGGGCAGCCUGGGGGCAUUAGGGCCCACAGGGUUGGACCAUCUAAAUUCUUCACAUGUAGUCCAUAAACAGGCCACUAGUGAAAAUGGCAGUGUCCACCAUAGUCUGACAGAGAGCCACGGCUGCCCCCUGACUAAUGGGAAGCGCCAUGACUCUGUGCCGACAAGCUUCUCAGAGGGAAGUGAUGGGGGCAGCAGCGGGAGCCGAAAACCAUUUCCACUGCUCCCCUCCGCAGCCAGCAGAGCCACACACAGCAACCAGAGACGCUGUGCGAGCAGAGACAAUGUCAAACUGGCAGCUGCAGCUGAGAGGGAUGCUAAACGCUGCUCAUACCCUUUAAACUGUAUCACCACCACAGUGCCUGAGGCUGCCACUGCAAAUGGCACUCUGAAAAACUCUGUGCUGGACCUGGAGCAAGACAUGAGUGGCACAGAGCACUCUCACAGCUCCUCAGGAAUGAAAAGUGGUUUAUGGAAAAGUGAAACUACAGUGUAACAUACAUCUGUCUGAUCUAUGCAAGUGACUAGGGUUUCAUAUGAUUGGACUAGUGUGAAUUAGUGAAGUAGUGUGAAUUAAAUAAUUAAUUUAUGAUAUAGAAAAAUACAAACAAAUUGAACCAUAAACUGGUACUUUACAUAUGUGUAAACUUGUAAUGAAAAAGGAGAUGUUUAUUAUUGUAAAUAAAACUCAUGUAUUUGUUUUUUUUAUUAUUAUUAUUAUUAUUAAAGAAUGGUGUAAUUUUUAAAUCAACA